CGCUCGGAGACCCUUGUCACAUGCAGCUUGUAGUCACAACAGUGCAAACUUCAAAGGCAGCCGGGAGCUGUUGGUGAGAGGUGUGAGUGACAGGAAGAAGCACGCGGGGGGCUAUGAGCGGAGCUGUGAGAGUGAUACAGCAGAGGAGAGGGGAGUAGUUGGACACACAGUGUGGAAGCAGAAUAAAGAGAGACCGCAGUGACAAGUGAGGACAAAACAUAUCAGCUGAAUAAAGAGGGUACGGAAACGAGCAGACCUUUUCAACUCUUCGGGUUAUGGUGACGCCGCGCGCAUGGAUUUAGUCGAUCUCUACCUGCCAGAGUGUUUCAGCUACCACUCUGACACAGAGCAUCUGGGCAGGAUGUCAUUGAGGGGCUUGGACCCCACCUGUCCCUCCUCUAUAAAGCGUGAACCCUCCAGCCCCAGCUCUCAGGGUGACGUCAGCCCAGCUCAGCCCAGUCCGGGCAGCUCUUCCUCGGACACAAACUCCAGUUACGGUCUUCUUGCCAAGGGUCUUCAUCAUAGUAAUGGGCUAGACUCGCCAGGUCUCCAUGGGCACACAGCAGCACUCGUCAACAAUGGAGGAACAAACAGGAGGUUUGAGGAGGAAGAAGGCCAAGUGAAGUGUGAAUUCAUGCUGGGCUCCGUGGCCAAACGACUGUGUCUGGUGUGCGGUGACGUAGCUUCGGGGUACCACUAUGGUGUGGCCUCUUGUGAGGCCUGCAAAGCUUUCUUUAAAAGGACCAUCCAGGGUAACAUUGAAUACAGCUGCCCAGCGUCCAAUGAAUGUGAAAUCACCAAAAGGAGGAGGAAAUCUUGCCAAGCUUGUCGUUUUGUGAAAUGUCUUGCAGUAGGCAUGUUGAGAGAAGGUGUGCGUCUGGACCGGGUUCGAGGAGGCAGACAAAAGUACAAGAGGAGAAUAGAUGCUGAGAACAGCCCAUAUCUGCAUCCGCAAAAUACCUUGCCACAGAAAAAGACAUUCUCUGUAGGUGGUGCAGCAGAAAACAAGGUGGUAUCUCUGCUGCUGGUCGCCGAGCCAGGGGCCAUCUUUGCCAUGCCAGAUCCCACGGUACCCGAGAGCGACAUCAAGGCCCUGACUACACUGUGUGACCUCGCUGACAGAGAGUUGGUGGUCAACAUUGGCUGGGCCAAACACAUCCCCGGCUUCCCCUCACUUUCUCUAGCAGACCAGAUGAGUCUGUUGCAGAGCGGCUGGAUGGAGAUUUUGAUCCUUCGAGUAGUGUUUCGCUCUCUGGCCUUUGAGGACAAGCUGGUUUACGCUGAGGACUACAUCAUGGAUGAGGAGCAAUCAAAACUGGCUGGGCUGCUUGACCUCAAUAACGCCAUCCUGCAGCUGGUGAAAAAAUACAAAAGCAUGGGGCUGGAAAAGGAGGAGUUUCUGGUCCUCAAAGCCAUCGCGCUUGCUAACUCUGACUCCAUGCAAAUUGAGGACCUGGAGGCAGUUCAGAGACUCCAGGAUGUCCUUCACGGGGCCCUGCAGGACUACGAGGCUGUGCACCAUCCAGAGGAUCCUCGACGCUCAGGCAAGAUGAUCAUGACCCUCCCUCUUCUCCGCCAGACAGCCGCUCGUGCCGUCCAGCACUUCUGCAGCAUCAAACAGGACGGCCGUGUGCCUAUGCACAAAUUAUUCCUCGAACUACUAGAGGCCAAAGCCUGAUCAGAACACGGACAGACAUUAGCUCUUUUCUGAGGUUAGCACGAUAGGUAAUGAAGGACGGUGGGUAACAGUGGGGUUUGACUCUGUGUAUUUGUUCAUUUCAACUUGCAUUUGACGAUAGAGUCUCUAAUUUGCAAUCACUGGGAACAUAGUAGCUGGGACAUUUAUAGAGCCACAACCCAUCUGCUUCCUAUGAAAGUUUGAACAGGAGUGGGAAAAUAUAUAAGCAGUCAAAGUUGCAUAAAUGUGCUGGCUCGCUUUAACGGAUGAAGAAAAUGGACAAAAAGCAGAAGAGUUGCCUUCUACAGAUAUUUACAGUUACAUGCCAAACAUAGUCAUUUUUUUUCAAGACCAGCUGAUACUUGAAGAUCCUUGUGGAUUAUUUUGUUCUGUUAAAGCCUGUAAUAUCUGCAUUCUAGUGCAUUUAGAGAACUUUUAUGAAUUGGUGUAAGUUGUCCUUUUUGUUUAGAAAAGGUAAAUGUGUCCUAUAAAAGGUAACAGAUUAGUCUUGCCAAAGAGUAAAGACUUAUAUAACUGAAUAAUACCAGCAAAUGUCCAUAGUAAUAUGACGUGGCCUAUGAGAUGUCCACAUAGACCUGCUUCCUUGCUCUAGUCGUGUAUUGCAAAAAUAUAUCCGUCCACUCACUACAUUCAUGCACAUGUGAUAAAAGGGAAGCGAGGACGUGAACAAUAACUGGCCUCUUGGUUGAAAAAUUUCAGGGAAUGAGUACUUAAUGUCAUGAUGCAACUGUAUGACAGCAAAGAAAUAUUUAUUUAAAAAUGGCUCUGUUCUGUUAGUUUCUUUUACUUAAUGAGCAUCUGCAGUGGAUGAUCAUUUUUUAAAGAUUUUUAAACUGAUAUCGUUGUAAGAUAAUUUUUUACUAGCUUCUCUGCUACAGCACUGAAAUCUACAUCAUAUCAUGACAUUAAAGACAACCUGAUUAUAAAUGGAAUCUGUACUAGAGGAUCAUAAUAUAGUAGAGUUGUGUAGACGACUAAGACUUAAUGUAAAAAGGCUGCCAUAAUGUAUAUCCUGGAUUUUUUUUUCUUUCUUUUUGAGGGGGUCGCUUGAUGUCUUUUCUAUGGUAGAAGUCAAUGUGUAGGAUAAAAUUUGUGCACUAUAUUUCCUUUUAGCCAUAAAGUUUGGGGAACCUGGUGAUGGCGCUCUGUUAAUCUGUUAGUGUGCUGUGUGAAGAUUAUUUAAAUUUGCCGCACAUGUCAAAUGAAAUAAUUCAAUUCAGAAGGAAUCUCAGUAAUAAAAAGUCCAAGUCUUGCUCUUUUGUUUGACUUGAGGUACUGUGACGCUGUAGUGUGGGUAUUUUUGUUAAGAUGAUCAGAUGUAGCAGCAAAGUUUUAAUAAUUGUCAAGUAAAAUUUGCUGUAAAUACAUCAUUUUAUGCCAACAGUGGUGUUUUAAGAUGCAAAAAUGCUUUGUCUGGACGAGCUGUGGCGUGCUGUUUCAUUCUCAGGUGGAUUUCUGGGCAAUAAAGACGAUCCCCUUAAUGUAAAGAUUAUAUUGUCCCAGUGUGAUCUUCCUCAAUAAAGCAGAGAGGGGUCUGGAGCAAAUUCAUUAAGAGCUGGUAAGUAGGGCUAGUCUAUGCUGCAGAGUCUGACAAUGGACUGUUAUUUCUAUGUUAGGCCCAUUAUGGCCCAUUUAGGCCAUCUAAACCCAGUUGGAUGGAGAUUUAUAAUUAACAGCAAUAAUGUAAUGAAUUCUAACAGUGGCCCCAGAGAGUGCUGGUCAUCAUCUGCCUGUUGAGGCUGAGAGAAGCAGAGGCAUCCCACUCAUCGCUUUGUCAUACAGUUACCCUGAGAAAAAACAAACCCCCCUCUCUAAUAGUCUAUUUAUAGUUGUGUUUUAGUAACGCUUUAAUAUAAUCUCUUUCAUUUACAAGCUGUAGAGAAAGGCAUUGUUUAUAAUCUGAUUGCAGGUAGGUUUAAAGGAAUUGUGUGAGUGUUUGAGUGAAUCUGUCAACCAUUCUCCACAAAUUAUCUAAGUCAUCUGUAAUGGCUUUAUGAUGGGUUAAUGAAUGAUAGAAUUUUAAAACGCUAAACUCAGCGUCCUCUCAGGUGUCUUCGGUGGCUUGUAGCAGCACCUUGUGGCCCUAACUGGCAGCUGAAUUUUGCUUAAUUGUCUCUUAGACUCUUAGACAUAGAAUCCAUUCUAUCUAAACACAAUGUGGGGAAAACUGCUUUAUUCAUACAAAUAAUUACAAGUUUAAUAUAAUCAUAUUUAUGAAAUGCUGCAUAUCCAUAGUAACACACUUUUUGGGAUGAGUAGCUGAUGCAUAACAGACAUUUUAUGCAUUAUGAAAAUGUACUGUGGGUAGAAACAAAGAAUUUACAGUUGUGGGAAGUAAGCUGCCCGACUUUAAUUCCAAGAUUUUAGAUGUCAGGACAUAAAAACUCAUUUGAUCCUUGCCAGAUCUACAAACCUGAUAACUAAAACCUUAAAUAAAUAAUAAUAUAUGACGUUAUUUUCUUAAAAUUGAACCAAUUUGUGUGUGAGAACUAAGCCGUUGUUACUGCUUCCAUAGGAUUUAAAUGGCUAAGUAGCAGUUAGGUGCUGCUAAUCAAUACACUUGAUUGAUUGAUCAUCAGUGUGAGCACCUCUAUAAAAGCAGACGUUUUGUCAGUGGUCAGCUGGUCUGAUUCAGUGUAACACAAUGUCACAGAGGAGAGACAUCAACAAUCAUCUUAGAGAGAUAAUCGUUGCUGCCCAUCAACCUGGGAAGGAUUAGAAGGCCGUUUACAAACUAUUUGGAGUCCGUCAUAGUGGAAAACAUUCACUACAGCUGACUAUCUCUUCAGGUGUGGAUGUUAUAGUAAGUUCCCCGUAAGGUCAGACCAUACAAUUUUUUUAGAAUAACUGGAAAAAAGAGUCACAUCUCAAACUCUUCAGGCCUCAGUUAACUUGUUAAAUGUUAAAGUUCAUGACAGCACAAUUAGAAAAAAACUGAACAGGUUUGCUUUGUUCAGAAGGUUUUCCAG